CCGCCACCCCGGGCGUCCCGACAGGGGGCAGCGCCCCCGCGUGCCCACUGCUCCUGGCCGACAAGAGCACUCCGGGCCUGAAGGGCAAGGAGCCCGUGGUGUACCCCUGGAUGAAGAAGAUCCAUGUCAGCGCCGUCAACCCCAGUUAUAACGGAGGGGAGCCCAAGCGCUCUCGAACCGCCUACACCCGGCAGCAGGUCUUGGAGCUGGAGAAGGAGUUCCACUUUAACCGCUACCUGACCCGGCGGCGCCGCAUCGAGAUCGCCCACACGCUCUGCUUGUCCGAGCGCCAGGUCAAGAUCUGGUUUCAGAACCGGAGGAUGAAGUGGAAGAAAGAUCAUAAACUGCCCAACACUAAGAUGCGAUCCUCCAACUCGGCCUCAGCCUCAGCCUCAGCAGGCCCUCCAGGGAAAGCACAAACUCAGAGCCCGCACCCGCAUCCCCACGCCCACCAGGGCGCCUCGACACCCACUCCCUCCUCCAUAUAACCUUCUAGAGAUCUAAAUCAGUUUCUUUCCCUCACCUGCUUCUCUCCUCUCUUCUGCCCCUUUCCCCAUCCACCCCUACCCUUCUGGACCAUAACAGACCCCAAAACAAAACCCAACUUGGUGAAAAGGAUAAGGAAAAAGAAGACGACAUUGUCGGGGUAAGAGUAUGUGCUGGUUGCCACCCAAGAGAGGACAAUGGCCAGGGUACUGGCUGACGGAACAACCUGCUGGCCUGAACAAGGCUGCCAGGUUUGGGUACCUCAGAAGGACUACUUGGCAUCAAAUACUUUUGAGAUGGCUAAAGUCAGCUGGACAGCCCAUGCUGAUUGGGGAUAUGUACAUGUAUAUGUGUUGCAAGCAGAAGAAAAUAGACCCUUUUCCUACCUUCCUUACCUCCCCUCUGUCAUGAAGGCAGCUCAUACAAGCUUGUCUUGAACUGAAUAAAUGAGUAGACAUUGUGGACCUCACAAGAUUAUUUAAUUCUCAAAAUGUAUAGACCUUGAUGGUAGCUGUGACACAUGAUAGUUUCCUUUCCUUGCAUUUAUUUAAAAUACUGUUGUAGAGAUAUUGUUGUCUUAUUCUGAGGCACAAUCGGGGACGGGGAAUGCAUCUAGACCCAUGUGCAACUGUGCAAAUUGUGGUGUGGCUAUAUAGAAAGCUAUGUGCUAAGAAUAAACUCUUUAAAAAAAAAUCAAAGUUCUAAGA